UCUUCUUCAACAACCUCUGUACUAGCAAACAUACAACCGAAACAUUGAAGCUCUUAAUACCAUUUUUAUAUGAACCUUGGUGUUUUAAACACACUGUAUAUUUAUUUACUAGUUAAUCAAUUUAAUUUCAUAUUUACGUUAUCAGCUAUCUGGUUCGGUAUUAAGUUAGCCCAGCACUAGGCUAGUCGCUAAUGCUAAAUAGCUAGCUAGCUCACGUCCCCGAACAUGAGCUCACUAAACUACUCUUCCUCUGCUAAAGAAAAUGAGGUCUGCUGGACGGAGAAAGAAACUCCAGGGCUGAACAUUUACGUGAAAGGAGAAGAAUUUACUGUAAAAGAAGAGGACGUGGAGGAAGCUAUCACAGUGAAAGAAGAAGAACAGGACGUUACAGUGAAGGAAGAGGACGCAUCAACAUUGAAAGAAGAAGAGGAUGUUAGAGUGAAAGAAGAGGAAGAAGCUUUCAGAGUGAAAGAGGAGGGGAAUGAACAGAAAGAGGAGGGUGCCGUGUUUGUAGUGAAAGAGGAGGAGGAGGUGACUGUCACAUUGAACGAAGAGGAAGAACUUUUUGAAAUGAAGGAGGAGGGGGAGAUUACUGUCACAUUGGAGGAGGAGACCGGAGAUCUGAUGAACACCAGAGAGAGACUAGACUCUCACACUGACAGCGGGAAGAGUCCUUCAGGGGAACAAGACCCAGAGAUGUCCAAACCAGCAAGAAGACACCACUGCUCCCAGUGUGGAAAUAGUUUUUCUAGGUUAGGAAGCCUGAAAUCACAUGAAAGAACACACACAGGGGUGAAGCCCUAUCAAUGCUCCCAGUGUGAAAUGAGAUUUUCUCAGUUAGGGCAUCUGCAAACUCAUAAUAGAAUACACACAGGAGAGAAGCCCUACCAAUGCUCCCAGUGUGGAAAGGGUUUUCGCUGGUCAGGGCAAUGGAAAAAGCAUGAGAAAAUACACACAGGAGAAAAGCUUUAACAUUGAUCUUAAUGUGAAAAGAGAUUUACUACUUCCGGGACCCUGAAAGAUCACGUACGAAAACAUACAGGAGAGAAACCCUACCACUGCUCCCAGUUUGAAAAUAGUUUACCCAGUGAUCAGACCUGAAAUCACAUGACACAAAUACAAAUACACUGCUACCAGUGUGGAAAGAGUUUUUCCACAUCAGGGUCCCUGAAAAACCAUGAGCAAACACAUUCCGUAGAAAAGAUUUUCCGCUGUUCACAUUGUGACAAGAGUUUUAGGAAUUUACAGUACCUGAAAAGGCAUGAGAAAAGACAUACACAAGAUAAGCCUUUUCACUGCUCCUACUGUGGAAUGAAAUGUACCUGGUUUCAGCAAUUGAAAAAGCAUGAGAGAAUCCACAGCGGAGAUAAACGUUAUUAAUGCUCCCAGUGUGGAAACAUAUUUACCCAGUUAAGGCACCUGAAAGACCAUGAGGUAACACACACAUGGGAGAGGCCACACCACUGCUCCCAGUGUGGAAAAUAAUAUAAAACAUCAAAUGGACUUAAAGUUCAUGAGAGAACACACAUACUGCUCCCACACUUGACUGAGAAAUAUUGCCUUUGUUAAUGGCACUUGAUAUCAAAUUGUAUAAAGCACUUUCCAAAAUACAUUUUGUUUUUUAUUUAAACACCUGAACUGAAGAUGGAGUAUGUGAGUUUGAAUGUAGAUACUGAUUACAUUAUAAUUUUCAAACUCUGUGUUUUCUGUGUGUUUUUGUAUCUGCGUCAUUCCAGCACUACACAUAAUCGUGUGCUAUAUAGCAUUUUCUCCAUUGUUUAUAUUUGUGUUGGUGGCUCACUCUGACAUUUGUGCUUUACAGAGUGUGACUUUAAGGGAUUAUUAUGUUCACAUCAGAGUGUGGCUUUAAAGGGGCAAUCUGUGAUUGCUACAUCCAUUUUCAAACUUGAAAUUAAAUAU